AGCAGAUCCUCCUUUGUUUAAUCGGCGCCGGAGGAUGAACGCAGCUGCACGCCGGUGGCGCCCGUCUCCGAUCGAGGUUUGGUUGGGCGGCAUGCAAGUGUCGUCGAUCCUGUAAUGUUCUCUUCAAAUUUACUCCUAGCUAGGGUAGUAGCAGUAUUAUACAAUUUUGAGUGGCUACAAACUUAAUUGGUAGUGGUAGUAUAUACUAUACCAAUACACGUACAUAUUGAUGCAUGCAGCAAUCCACCCACUGCAUGCAUGGACCAACCACUCGGUUCCGCAAAAUGUCCAGGUUCGCUGGGCCGGCUCACGGUCGAUUGAUUGAGCUACAGAGUACUUCUCGCCCUUACUUAAAGUGGAUCAUCAUUCACGUUCUCUGGCUGGCCAAUCUCCCACGCUAACACAUCUCCGCUUUCCAUUCUCCACGUAAUCAGACCUCCCCCAAGCUGAACAGGAGAAUCAUUCAUCCAUCCAUCCAUCCAUUCAUUCAUUCAGGAACACAAAUUAGUCUGACACAUAUCCGAUCCCCAAUCAUAUGCAACGGGCAUACAAAUACAGCUCAUGCUGCUCUCCAUCUGUAUACCUCCAGCCCGGGAUCCCCCACGCCCCAUAUACAAGUCCAUCAUCCUGUCUCCCUCUCCCCCCACCCCGAUCGUGUGCCGUCCGUGUCCAAGCAGCUGCGACUGCCUGCCUGCCUGCUCAGCUCAGCUCGAUCAUCGUCUCAUCAUGGAGCGGAUGAUUUAAGACGACUGCGCAACUAACCGGGACUCGACUUGCCAAGCUUCCAUCCUCCUCCCCUUUGAUGGAAGGCAGCCGGAGCCCGAACCCAAGGCGGCAAUGCUGAGCCAGCGCGACGCGGAAGAACCUGUCGCUGCUGUUGAGGAGGUGACGGCGAGGCCCAAGAUCCGCAAGCGGUGCGCUCUGUCGUCGUCGUCCGGCGCGUCGGGGGCUCUGAGGAGGCUGAGGCUGAGGCGAGGCGUGGUGUCGCUCCACCGGAGGGGAUCAGGCGGCGUCUCUUCGCCGUUGCCGACCAGCUGGAAGAUGUCCGAGUCGUCCUGGAACCGGGCGUGCCGCGCCGACGGGAUGCACUCGUCGGUGUCCGCCCGGAAGCUCGUCAACGCCCUCUGGCAGAUGAGCGAGGGCGGCUUGCUCGAGGAGGAGGAGUCCCGGACCGCCAGGGACGCGGCGGCGACGCACCGGCGCUGCGCGUCGUCCGUGGAGAUCUCCAAGAGGUCAAGAACGAGGAGCAAGGUGGUUCUGGAUGAUGAUCAUGGGCGCCAUUGGCUUUCAGAUAAACUGAGCAGUGCCGGCACAAUCGGGGUGCAGGCAGGCGCUCAAGACUGGAGCUCCACGUGUUCAGCGGACAGGACGGCGCGCCUGCAGGACAUGUACAACAGCCUGACGGCGUGCAAGGAGCUGGUCAGAGUCCUCGGCAACGUGUGGGGGCCGGGAGACCUGAGCCCGUCCACGGCGUCGCUCCUCUCCGCCCUGCGCUCCGAGCUCGACAUGGCGCGCGCCCACGCGCGGCAGCUCGCCGGGCAGCAGAGCAGCCGACGCGGCGAGGUGGAGCUCAUGAAGAAGCGGCUGGAGGCGGAGGCGCGCGCGUGGAAGAGCAAGCAGAGGGAGAAGGUGGCGGCCACCGUGCGGGUGGUGUGCGACGAGCUCGACGGCGAGCGGCGGUCGAGGCGGAGGGCGGAGCGGGUGAACGCCAAGCUCGGGGACGCGCUGGCCGAGGCGGAGCGGGAGCUCGAGAGGGAGCGCAGGUCGCGGGAGCGGCUGGAGAAGGUGUGCGACGAGCUCGUCAGGGGCGGCGAGGUGGAGGAGGAGGCGCGGCGGGAGGCCCAGGAGGCGCAGGCGGAGGUUGACCGGGAGCGGGAGAUGCUGCGGCUCGCCGACGAGCUUCGCGAGGAGAGGGUGCAGAUGAAGCUGCUGGAGGCGCGGCUCCAGUUUGAGGAGAAGAACGCCGUCGUCGAGCAGCUGCGCGGCGAGCUGGAGGCCUUCCUGGAGACCAAGAAGCAUGGCCUCCUCCUGGAAUUGGCAUCACCUGCCGCCGCUGAUGAAGAACACCACCAAGCUACUCACGACGUUGAUCACCAUGGGUUCUUCGAAGCUGAAGGUGCCGAUGGAACUGCUCGUGUUGACGUCGGCAAGAGGACGGACGUAGACGACGAUGGUGACGAUUCAGACGGCAGCGACAUGCACUCCAUCGAGCUGAACAUGGACGGCAAGAGCAAGGACUGCGGCGGCUGGAGCUACAGCGGCACAGCUUCCAAGGAGACGAUGGCAACGACGGCCAGGAAGGCGGCGUCUGCGGACAGCAGGGGAACGCACUACGACCCGUGGGCCGGCGGCCGGCAAUCGCUGGAGGAAUCGGAAGGAGGUCGGCGGUGGGACGACGACGACGAAGGGUGCAGCGACGUCGACGAGGAGGACUCGGAGAGGUACCAGGCCAUCAAGAACCUCAGGGAGCAGAUGCUCGCCGGCCAUGGGUUGGGCUCCAUUUUCCUGUCGGGAGCAUACGAAGGAGAUUACACGGCCUGAAAACGAUUAUGAGAUUGGUUUGGCAUGUAGCCAUGUGUGCAUAGCUGGUGGGUUCAGUCUUCCUGUACGACCAUGCAUUCUUCUUUUUUUGAAAGGUGGACGACCAUUCCUUGAUAGGAACGUCAA